AUGUCGGCUCCAUCUCAUGUCCUGACCAUGCAUACCCCCCCUGACUUCUUGGCCAUCGAGUUCGUUAUUGUUGGAGGAAGUAUUUCCGGCCUUACGACAGCCCUUGGACUCGCCCGAAUCGGUCAUCGGGUAACCCUAGUGAAUGAGGGCGGUGACAUGGAAGUGACGGCACUUGCAGGGGGUUGCAAGGUACCGUUCAACAAUUCCAAGGUUUACUACCGUUGGGGAAUGGGGAAGCAGUUGAAGGAGUUCAGCGUUGCCUCCAGGCAUUCAACCUUCAUGAGCUACGAGACGGGCCAGAACCUCCUCGGUGCACAUCUGGAAAAGGAGAUGGUGGAAGAGACUGGCGGCGAAUUUCUCUCCAUGCAUUAUGCGAAUUUGCGAAAGUUGCUGGUCCAUUUUGCGCGCCAGAACGGGGCCACCAUCCGUUCUAACGCGAAAGUUGUGGAGAUCACUGUUCGGAAGGAGAGGCCGUUUGUCAGGUUGAUAUCCGGAGAGGUCAUCGAGGGCGAUGUGGUCAUUGGCGCGGAUGGUACUUCGGGUCUGUCUCGCGCGAUGAUUAUCGGUGACAAAGAGCACAAAGAAUUCCUCAACAGGAUGAUGUUCAAUGUUGUUAUAGAGGAGGCAAAAAUGCGUGAAGAUCCUGACUUAGUAGACCUCUACGAGCAGGCAUACCAUACUGUGUGGGUAGGUGCGGACCACGGCGCGAUGGGUUUUGCAAUCGGCGAAAAUCAAUAUUCCCUCCACCUAUGGGCACCCGGAGAACCUGAUUCGGACGCAACCAUAUCGGAAGUCGGACGAGCGAACCUGGAACGCGCACUGGUGGACUGUGAACCGCGGUUGAUGAAGAUUGCGAAAGCCGCCUCCGUCGUGAUCUGUGUUCCGGUGGUCGAGCGACCACAUCUUGAAAAUUGGGUUCACCCAGAUGGCCCUCUGCUGGUCAUCGGGGAGGCUGCACACCCCAUCCUGCCAGGGUCCCAGUACGCAAUGACCCUCGCGACGGGCGAUGGGUUCGUCCUAAGUCGGCUCUUCCGCAAUUUAUCGCGCAAGGACCAAAUACCGGUCUUCCUCUCUGCACUGCAGGAGAUACGUCAGAACCGCCUGAACAACGUGCUCAAGAUCGCGAGCACGAACCCAUUUGCGCUCUCAAUGCCUCCAGGCGUUGAAGAGGCUCUGCACCAGAAGCAGUUGUCCAAGGACAAGGCGGAUUCAUUGUUGACGCGAGCACGGGAGGACAAGUACACUGUGAUGCAGGAGGCCAUGGAGUCGAUUUACGGAUAUGAUCCCGAGGACGACGCGGACACUUGGUGGGUGCAGUGGGGCAUUAUCCGAGAGCGCGGACCACGCAGGCUCUCGUACAGCAUUCUGGUGAGCGAGUCGCAGCGGGAAGGCUCGCCCGAAUCGGCGUAG